CAAGCCGGCUCAGUGUUGCUCAGUGUGCUAAAGGUUUUGUGAAGAAACGUUAUUCUGUUCAUUUUAUUAAAGUGUAUUUUUGCACAGAUAAUGUUGUGUUUAACAUAAAUUUCAAUGAUUUUUAAGAAUAAGACUUGAAUUCAUCCUUAUUAAACAUACCUUUCUGAAUUUACGCUUAUCAGAUUUUGAUUUAGGGCAAAAAAAGGGAAGCGUUGGUUCGCUUCUUCAGUUUUGUUGAUAUUACAUGCAACUCUUCUUCGUUUGCUAAAUUUUUUAACGAGACACAUAAAAAUUAAGGAUAUGAAUUCCAUUAUGAUCACGGAAGAUAUUAAGGAAAAUGAGAAUCAAUCGCCAAUUCCAAAUGACGUUGUCGAUCAUACGGUGACAAUUGAAACAGAAAUUGAUCGUAAAUUAAUUGUCACCCAAGAGGAUCGAUCGAGUCCUAUUAAUCAAGAAGGAAAAAAGACUUAUGGCAGAGAUUUUCUUAUACAAUUGAAGGACAAUCCUUACAGUCAAAUUAAACCAAAAAAUCUUCCCGACAUGGAAGUUGUGUUGAAGGAUUCGAAAACACAACUCGCCUGUGGAAUGGCAGGGUCUUCCGGAAAUGGUGGUUCGAUUCAGCCAGUUCGAUCGAGAGCUUCAUACUCUUGUGAUACUUCGAAAAUAAAAACUAAAUCUCCUUUAAUGGACGAUCUUCAAUUAGAAAAUAGGAAUACUUAUACUAUGUGGAAUAAGAAUAUUCCUUCUGUAGGAUCCACAAAAAUGCAAAUUAAAUGUUCAGCCCUAGAAAAUAUUUCAUCGUUUGAUCAAGAAAAACGUAAUCCGCUCCAACUUUCACGGCCAAGGUUGAUACGAGAACGUAAUAAACCAGAAAAAUCAUUGGAUGAACUCCGAUCAAUUGUUCAUAUGUUCGUCGAGGAAUAUAUCACCGAGGGCAAUGGUGAUUAUGUUGUACUCGAAAUUAAACAACAUUUCCCAACUUCACAAUUGCCAGCAGUGAUUCGUGAAAUAGUUAACGAAAUUUUUGGCAAAUCUGUCAAUGCACGUGAAUCAGUAUCAAAACUAUUGUCCUUCCUUAUCACCAAAAAAUUAAUUACUUUGAACGAUUUCCGAAGAGGAUUUGGUGAAGUUCUUGAAUCAGUCGAUGAUUUAAUAAUUGGUAUUCCGAAAAUCCUGUUUAACUUCGCCGACCUUUUUGUUCACCUUGUGAUUGACGAAACUCAUCCGCUUGCUGAAUUGCCCAUUACCUUGGCUAGUUUAAGAAGUAGAGGUCAAAGUGGGAAAUUAGUAGGUGAAUUAUUCUCCAAAAUGGCUAUAAUUUGUGGAUCAGAAGUCCUUGUUGAAAAGUGGAAUAGUAGUAAACUUCUAAUAAGUGAUCUUAUUAAUGGAGAACGAGAAAAUAUUGACGAAAUCAUCAAGAAUUAUAAAUUACAAGCACUCGUGAAAGAAAAGGUUAUAUCUUUUGAACAAAUUCAUGCUGAUCUUGUAAAAUUGAUUAAGGCUGGCAGUAAGACAAUGGAUGAUGAUGUUGUAACUUGGAUAAAGAAUAAUGUUCCAGACAAAGUUCUUGACCCAAAAUUUGUUAGAGUUCUCAUGGCUGCUACUUUUGAAGCAUCAACUGGGCUGCUUUUGAAGAUUUUCGAAAAAUUGAGUGAGGAUAAUGGCCUUGAUCUCGUGGGAAACGAAUGACGAUGAAGCUGAACGUGACAGAAAGGAAGAAGCUUUAAAAGCAUUUACAUGUCUUUUUCUAUCAUUGGAGGAAGCCGAAGAAGUUUUUGAAGAAGAAACAGCUCAAGUGCUUUUUUAUUGUCAGUAUUUUAAUGAAGACAAAAUAUUUUAAGACUAAAUAUCAGCCUUAAAUCGAAGUAUUAGAGUUAAUAAAAACCAAAAAGAAUAAGUGAAAAUUGUUUAAAACUUUAAAUAUAGUAAACGAUAACUAGUCGUUGAUAAAUGUGAAAGAAAAAAAAUUGUAUUACGUUCUCAUCACAAAUGAGGUCUUGUUUUUAGUAUUUUUCACUUAAAUAUUUUAUAACAAAACAAUAUUUGUUCAAAACAAAUUUGUAAUUUUAAUAAUAAAAUUAUUAUAUUAUUGUA